GUGGCUAUCCUCUUUCCAAGCACGCUUUUCCUUCUCUCAGCCUGCAGAGAUGGACCUGCUUCACAGCUGGGGAGUGAAUCUAGCCAUCCAUUUGCAGACAGAGUACCGGGACUAUGAGAACGUGUUUCAGUGGGUCUCCUCCGUGGCGGAUCUCCACACCACCUUCUUUGUCUUUUUUCCCAUUUGGUUUUACCUGUGCAGAGAUGUUGCUGUUAAACUCAUCUGGGUGGCUGUGGUUGGAGAUUGGCUGAACCUGGUCUUGAAGUGGGUGCUAUUUGGUGAAAGGCCGUACUGGUGGGUGCAUGAGACCAGGUUUUACGGCCCUUUAAAACAUCCCGAACUGCAACAAUUCCCCAUAACAUGUGAAACCGGACCAGGGAGCCCAUCGGGUCAUGCCAUGGGCUCUGCAGGCGUUGGGUAUGUGAUGGUCACAGCUGUGCUUUCCAUUGUUGCUGAAAGAAAAAUACCUGUUCUAUGUUAUAGGUUUUUACAGUUGAUGCUCUGGAUGCUGCUGAGCUUGGUGGAGUUACUGGUGUGCAUGUCUAGAGUCUAUCUGGCAGCCCAUUUCCCACACCAAGUUGUCAGUGGAGUUAUUUCUGGCUUAAUUGUGGCAGAAAUAUUCUCUAGAGUGCAAUGGAUCUACAGUGCUAGUCUGAAGAAGUACUUCAUUGUCACUCUGUUCCUGCUGUUCUUUGCGGUGGGCUUCUACGUGUUGUUAAAAGCUCUGGGUGUGGAUUUGCUGUGGACAUUGGCAAAGGCCCAGAAAUGUUGCAUCAAUCCCGACUGGGUCCUUAUGGACACCAGCCCGUUUGCCAGCCUUUUGAGGAACAUGGGAACACUUUUGGGUUUGGGGUUUGGUCUUCACUUAUCGUGUUACAAUGAACGCAAGAAAAACAGCAGUGCCCCCUUCAGGGCAGGAUGUAUUUUUGUAUCAUUGGUACUGCUACAGCUCCUGGACUCAAUGACGUUUUCCUCAAACAACCAAUUAAUUUUCUACCUUCUGUCAUUCUGCAAGAGUGCUGCUGCUCUAGUGGUGCCCACUGCACUGGUUCCUGCUGUGAUAUCUUUGAUUUCUCCAAAAAGCAAACAUGAAAAGGACAUGUAGCUCAAUAUUCAAAUGGUGUAAAUCAUUGGUGAAUGGUACAUCAUACAUCAAGUUCGACUGACAUGGUUUUGCAAAUCAUCUGCUAAUGCAAAUUUCUCAAUACAAAUGUAGUGGUAGAGAAAACAUUUUUGGCAAGCACUAUACUGUUGUGCACUGUUAUAAAAAUACCUCAGAGUGCAGUUAUAGGAUGGGUAGCAACAAAACUGGCAUUUAAACUGCUGACUGCACCCUCCUGUGAUUUAAGUCUGUUGUAUAAAUGGUUUCAUUGUCUAUGUCAGUUGUGCUCAACUGGCUUUGCUUAAGUAACCGGAUUAGUUUUUAAAAAUCAAGUGGCAACCCAACAUUGUGCCAAAAUUGUUUUUUGUACAAAAGUAAAAGAAAAGGCCCUUGGUCAAAGAUUGAAAUGUAUUAAUAUUACAGUUUUGAAGGAUUAGGAAGGGUCAUGCAACCUGUUAGUGUUGGCCAGAUAAUUUUGCGCCAAAAUACCAUCGUUUUUUUGGACGCCCAGCCUUCAAGUCAACAUCAAAAGACUUAUCAAAAAGUUGAUAAGCCAAAUUUAUUUAGCUAUUCUAACUAUGCACAAUUAUACAGUUGUAUUUAAUUUUUUGCAUUUAGCAUUGUUUUUACCUGCUGCAAGCAACCCAUUUUUGAGUUGCGACCCACUUGUUGCAAACCCCUGGUCAAUAGACCAUGUUUUCUCCCUAUAAAUAACUAUCGAAAAAGCCACUCUGCAUUUUGAGACAAGUAUAUCUAAAUAGCUUUACAGGAGAACUUUCACAAGAUCACAUUAUGACAUGAAUUUUUCGAAGAUUACAAGCAAAGAUUUUUCCAAGAUUAUUUGAUCUUGUUGUUGGCAAGUCUUCAUAUUAUGGCACCUGCAUAUCUUGUUAUCUGUGAAUGGUUUUAAAGCAGGCUGGCUCAUUCACUAAAUAACUUCAUGUUCAAAGGUCCCUCAGUCAUGCUCUGCACAUGUUCUGUACAUUAUUCCUGCUGACUGUUGUCAUUUGGAUCAUUCAACUCUAUGCGAGUUACAGUACCAUUCACCUAUAAUACUUACCAACCUAAUUACACAAACAAUGGAACAAAAAGCAGAUUCUACACAUUAGAUUAGAUUUAUUGCCUACAGAUAAAUGGUAUUUUAAAUCCACUAAAAAAUAUUCAAGCAAUGUUAUGUAAGUUGAAACCCCCUUUUUCAUCGAUGCAAAAAUAUGUAUUUUAAUUGUUGCAUAAACCAUUCAGAUCACAUAUUUAAACUGUAAAAAGUGAAAACAAGCUGAUUUGACCUUUAUGAUAUAUUUCUACCUGAUUUUAACCUUAUAAUUUUUUUUUUUUUUUUUUUUUUUAAAUAAUAAAAAAAAAUUAUGUAAUUUAGACGUUAUCACAAGAAGCAAUCUGUGGGCUACUCAACUUUUUUUUUUUUUUUUUUUUUUUUUACAGUGUAGGUAAGUCCAGUACUUAAAGACCUGUUUCACGUAGACAUUAUAAUAAAAACUGUAUAAACUUGGAGCCAAAUAUCAGUGUUUACUGUAGCCUACUAAAGUAGGACAUAUCUUGCCAUCUUUUUAUGACUGACUCUUUUUUAUUGAAUACUGUGACACAAAGAAAUAUACAAAGGCAUAACUUUUAACUUCUGAAAUCAAUGUAGCAUGCAUGUCUUUCACUUUUGCUUAUUCCAGAUUACUUUAAUUGCCCACAUUAUUACAUAUAAUGGGAGUAUACAUGUUUAUACGUAGAGAUAAUGUUCCUUUCCAUUUCGCUUAUGCAUUUCAAACUCACCACAAGUGUUAAAUUUGACAGACAGUAAGUCCUGUGGCAGUGGCUUUCUCUGUUCAUUAGUGAAAAGCAAUGAAUUAUGCAUCGCAUUAACCCAUUUAAUCCCAAAUAUUUCUCAGUGAAACAAACUACUGUACAUGGCUUUUCUUUUCUUAUUUUCUUUUUUCUUUUUCUUUUUUUAAAUAUUCAUAAUAGUGGUCUAUUGAUAUGGGGUUUUUCCAUGGUUGAUUAUUAAAUGAUUACAACCCCCCUUUUGUGGAGCUUUGAUACAGAAAUCAUCUUUCAGAGGAGCACAGUGAAAUUAAAUGGUUCUGACCAUGCGAUUAGUUUACCACCCAUGUACAAAUGUCAAAAUGAAAUCGAAACUGCAGUCAUUUAUAGCUGACACUCUCUAUAAAAUACACCAACAAAAUAAAAUACAUAACUCUCUAUAAGAUACAUUAACAACUGUUUGUAGACCCUUCAAAUUUCAAACAAAAUUUUUGUCACAAAUGUAACUGGAGGAAUUAAAUGGGUUAAAAUUCAUGCAUUAAAACUCUCAAAAAUCAUCAUUGUUUAUAUGUAUAUAUGUGUGUGUGUGUGUGUGUGUGUGUGUGUGUGUGUGUGUGUGUGUGUGUGUGUGUGUGUGUGUGUGUGUGUGUGAAAAAAAAUUGUUUAAUCUAAUAUUUUACUUGCUGCACAUUGGUUAAUUUUCAUCCCGUGGACUGCAUUUAAAUGUUAACAAGCUUAGCUUAGUUUUCUCUUACUGUCUUUUAUACAUGCUUAAAUUUUGAUCUGCCAUAAGGGUUUGUGAUGGGCGUAGUAGGGCAAAGGCCAGAACAUUUUGUUUAUGUGAUUGGUGGCCUGGAGAAUCUAAACAGUGGAGAGCAGCCCAUUACAUCACAGACUGCACAAACAGCGUUAUCAAUGUUUUUCACUCCUAACUGAAGGUUACAUGUUGAACGUGUGCCACCCAGCACAGAUCUGUCCCAAAUAAUGCACAAUAAAGUUGUUAUUUGGUCACUUGCAAUUAAGGCA